UCUGGCCCCCUUAUCUGCCCCUGCCCCACGGGCCCUGGCAGCACCAUGAGCCACCAGCUUCUGCCUGUACUGCUGCUGCUGCUCAGGGCUUCGUGCCCCUGGGGUCAGGAGCAGGGACCCAAGAGCCCCUCAGAGGAGCCUCCAGAGGAGGAAAUCCCCAAGGAGGAUGGGAUCUUGGUGCUGAGCCGCCACACCCUGGGCCUGGCCCUGCGGGAGCACCCUGCCUUGCUGGUGGAGUUCUAUGCCCCGUGGUGUGGGCACUGCAAGGCCCUGGCCCCCGAGUACAGCAAGGCAGCUGCCCUGCUCGCGGCCGAGUCAACGGCGGUCACGCUGUCCAAGGUGGACGGGCCUGCGCAGCCCGAGCUGGCUGAGGAGUUCGGUGUGACGGAGUACCCUACGCUCAAGUUCUUCCGCAACGGGAACCGCACACACCCGGAGGAGUACACAGGACCACGGGAGGCUGAGGGCAUUGCCGAGUGGCUGCGACGGCGGGUGGGGCCCAGUGCCAUGCGGCUGGAGGACGAGGCGGCCGCCCAGGCGCUGAUCGAUGGCCGGGACCUGGUGGUCAUCGGCUUCUUCCAGGACCUGCAGGAUGAGGACGUGGCCACCUUCUUAGCCCUGGCCCGGGACGCCCUGGACAUGACCUUUGGCCUCACGGACCGGCCGCGGCUCUUUGAGCAGUUUGGCCUCACCAAGGACACCGUGGUUCUCUUCAAGAAGUUUGAUGAGGGGCGGGCAGACUUCCCAGUGGAUGAGGAGCUUGGCCUGGACCUGGGGGAUCUGUCGCGCUUCCUGGUCACACACAGCAUGCACCUGGUCACGGAGUUCAACAGCCAGACAUCUCCCAAGAUCUUCGCGGCCAGGAUCCUCAACCACCUGCUGCUGUUUGUCAACCAGACCCUGGCUGCUCACAGGGAGCUCCUAGCCGGCUUUGGGGAGGCAGCUCCCCACUUCCGGGGGCAGGUGCUGUUCGUGGUGGUGGACGUGGCGGCUGACAAUGAGCACGUGCUGCAGUACUUUGGCCUCAAGGCUGAGGCAGCCCCCACCCUGCGCUUCAUCAACGUUGAGACCACUAAAAAGUACGCGCCUGUGGAUGGGGGCCCUGUCACCGCAGCUUCCGUCACUGCUUUCUGCCACGCAGUCCUCAACGGCCAAGUCAAGCCCUAUCUCCUGAGCCAGGAGGUACCCCCUGACUGGGAUCAGCGGCCAGUGAAGACCCUCGUGGGCAAGAAUUUUGAGCAGGUGGCUUUUGACGAAACCAAGAAUGUGUUUGUCAAGUUCUACGCCCCAUGGUGCACCCAUUGCAAGGAGAUGGCCCCUGCCUGGGAGGCGCUGGCUGAGAAGUACCAAGACCAUGAGGACAUCAUCAUUGCUCAGCUGGAUGCCACGGCCAACGAGCUGGACGCCUUCGCCGUGCACAGCUUCCCUACCCUCAAGUACUUCCCAGCAGGGCCGGGUCGGAAGGUGAUUGAAUAUAAAAGCGCCAGGGACCUGGAGACCUUGUCCAAGUUCCUGGACAACGGGGGCGCGGUGCCCACGGAGGAGCCCACGGAGGAGCCGGCAGCCCCGUUCCCGGAGCCACGGGCCAACUCAACCGUGGGGUCCAAGGAGGAGCUGUAGCUACCCCCGUGUCACUCCCCUCCUCACCGCUGGACAGGAGGGCACCUCCUUGGGUGCUGGAGGGAGCUGUGCAUUGUGAAUAAAGAGC